UUUCAGUGUUAAAAAAUGCCACAUUAACUCUCACGGUGUAUAUAUAAUCAACCCUUUGAGAAUGUGGAUUAUAUAUACACUGUGAGUGUUACAUUUAAUUUUUUUAACACUAGCGAUUUUACUUUGCAGUUUUAAGAGCUGACGCAAAAAUGUGGCUUUUACCUUGAUGGGUUUUUGUGAAGAACUAUUCAUGGGUCAGUUGGGCUGUAUAAUGAAAAUGACUGUUAAUACUCUCUGUCAGGCCAUCCAAGAUGUGGCAACAUUGUUUCCUCAGUAGAGAAGUAAAUACAACUUUUUAGCUGAAAACGUGCUGUCUUAACAUGGUCAACUUGUUGAACGUAUGACGUAGCAUUUCUGUGCUUGAUACAAUCCCCCAGCAUCCAUCUUGUUUCGGAAAGUUUUUUACAAGUAACAUGGAUCUAAUUCCUUUUAUUGGUCAAUUCUCCAAGAAAACCAUGCCCAUGGCAAGGCGUAAGAAAUACGCGAUGAGCUCUAGGAACUUGACCCGCUUAUCAAGAUUGGCUGUGCUGUGUUCCUGCAGCUGCAGCUUGUUACUUUUGCAAUAGUGAGAGAAGUUGAGGUGUGUUUGUUUGUUCACGGCAUAUAAGUGAUGGAUGUUAUAUAAACGGUGGAUAUGACGCAGGAUUUGGAGAUUUCUUUGAAACUGAUAGAUGGAGUGGUCCCAGCGCUAAAAGAUGCCAGACAUGAACUGCACGUGUAGAAAACACUUCCCAAGUAAGAUUUCCAUGGCAGACCACUCUUACCGCUCAGUGCUUUUUUCAUUACAUCAUCCAACAUCAAUCAGACUCUGACAAGGGCAACUUUGUUCCUACACCAUGUCAUUUAAUACCACUCCUGGAAAAUUAAUGCCUGUGGCAGUGCUGAGAAUUGAGGAUUUCAAUCAGUCACUUCAAGGAUCAGAGGCUGUGGGGGAUCUUGAUGUUGGAUACAGCCUCCUUCAUGCUCACAGCACAGGCAACAAUCUAAAGGGAUUAUGCCAGCUUUCCAACAAUGCCGCUAUCCUCAGGUUUGCUGCUUCGUCACUCUGUGGUUAUGUGGUUGCUCUUCCACAGCUUGGUGCUGAUGACACUGUGUUUCCAUCACGCUGCAACUUCCUGCUCCAAAAGCUGUUACUGUUCCGACAGCGAGGGCUCGUACGGUGGUAAGACCAUGCGUUGUAGCAACCUGGGUCUUACCGAGAUCCCUCAGGACAUUCCCAAUGACACACGACGCCUCUACCUGGACUACAACCUUUUGACCACCAUCCCCGCCAAUGCUUUUCAUGAUCUUCCACUGCUGACGGAACUGGAUCUUUCCCAUAAUGAAUUAGCUCAGCUUGAACCUGGAGCUUUUCGAGGCCUAGCAGGAUCGCUACAGUUCCUUGACCUCGCAUCCAACCAGAUCACGACACUGGACCCGGACGCCUUUGAAGGAAUUAAAGCGAGAUCCAACCUCACUGGAAACCCUUGGCACUGUGACUGUCGGCUACAGACAGCCCUUCCGCACCUUGACCUGGAGCCCAUGUCUUUGACUGGUAUCAUCUGCCAGACCUCAGAACCUGCUGACUCCGGAGCCCAAGGUGUGCCCUUCCUGCUGGCCAAUGACCUGGACCUGUGUGUGGUGCUCAAAAAGACCACGGAUGUGGCCAUGUUGGUGACCAUGUUUGGAUGGUUCACCAUGGUCAUCUCCUAUCUGGUCUACUAUGUGAGACACAAUCAGGAAGAUGCCAGGCGUCACCUGGAGUAUCUCAAGUCUCUGCCCAGCAGGCAGGGCAAGUCUGAGGAGUCUUCCACCAUCAGCACUGUGGUAUAGCAUCAGGCCAUGUGCUCAUAUGGAGGAAGCUACUCAGGCUGCCUAAAGGCAAAGGGCAUAGUGGGCAAAAAAGCUGCAUAAGUUAAAAUCUCCUAACCCUCCCUCCUGGAAAAAACAAGAAGGCUUUGUAGCUCAUCAAUCUCGUAGUUUAAGGCACUUAUCAGGACUGGCGAGUACCCGACCAAAGAACCAGGAUGGACUUGUAACAGGACGCUUGAUGGUCAAUGAAGCGAAAAUACCCACAAUGGGGCCAUGUGAGACGUCUUUUUUGUGGAGACCUGCAGAUAGAGAUGACUGGAGAAAAACAGAGAAAAAUCACAGGGGCCAUCUAAUCUAAUCCAGAUAAAUAAUUGAUUCAGAUAUGGCAGAGUUUCAAUUUUAUCUUGACUAAGAGGUCUGUCUGCUCUGCACGCUUUUAAAGGAGAAGUUGUUGUGCUUCGUUUUUCAAUCAGACGCCCAUUUGGCAGGCAAUGCACGGAGCGUAAAGCACCCAUCCUUCAGGGCAUUUACAAAGUGUACUGUUGUCCCUAAAGGGGACCUCAUAAUUUAACAGAGCCACGUGAUCUUGCACGCAUCAAUGAUUUUACAGGUCUCUUAGUACACAGACUGCAAUAGUCAAACUCAUUGUAGUUUGCUUCAAUAUCCCCUGGUUUGAAGGAGCAGUGAGUUGUUUUCCUUGUGAGGCCCUGCAGCAACAAUGAUGUGGAGACCUAGAAGAAAUAAACAGGUUGGCUUGUUAUUUUCGUGACCAAUCACUGUAAGAUAAAUCACAGUUAAGGCUGUUUCAGGAGAAAAUACCACAGGGGUACUCGGUUGACUUUCACAAUUUUUGCUGAAGUGUUUCAUGACUUUUGAUGUUUAAAAAUAAUGAGAUGAUGUCGACCACCAAAGGAAGGGUUUGUGCUGUUAGAGUGAAUCGUGAUCUUAGUAUUUCACAUCAAAUACUGUGUGAUUGUGCUGUUUCUUAUGUAGAGUGCCAGCAAGAAUAAUACAGAACGUCUGCCAAGAUCAAUUAAAAAGUCAAAGCUCAUCUUAAUGUUCUGGCUAUGAGUUAAUAUCUUACAAGUGAUAUCCAUGUUAACCCUUUAAAUUUCUUGAACUUACACCUGCCUAGGCAUCAUUUUAAAGUCAUCAUAACGCUGAUAAUUUACAGUGUUUAUUAUAAAUGAUUUAUCUAUGGGCAGGCUUCUUUUAUACAAAGUGGUUCAUUUGUUUGAAUUCAUACACUAUCAUUAGUAGGCUACCAGUUCACACUUCAAUAUUACUUUUUUACAAUAAGAUUUCCCUAUGCAUCUCAAAAAAUAGUUUGCAAGAUCAGCUGGUUAUGAAGUAUUGAUUAACAUUGUUAAGUCAAAUUUUAUUUCAGAUUGCUUUAUUUUACUGUGCUUUGUUUGUUGAAAGUCAUGUUGUUAGCUUAGCAGCAUGCUAGCAGCACUGUCAAAGGAAUGAACAGGGAAUAUCAGGAUAAAAUUAAUUUCAAUUGGUACGCUGUAAACAGAUCACUGGGUUUUGGGAGUGAGCUGUGGUCAUCUCACAUCAGGAGUUCAGAAGGGUUCAGAAGCAAUUGUGCAUUUAUUUGAAUGCAACAAAAAUGAUUUGCUUUACAUAAGUGGUUCAUAUUAAUAGUGAAAGACAGAAAUGCAUUGCUGAUCAUGCAUGUGCCGGAUCUUCUGCAUCAGUCUAAGUCCUGCAAAGAAUGCAGAAGGUUUGCUUGAAAGUGUUAUAUGGUUAUAGUGCCAACGUGGCAACAUCUCCCAGUGAUGACAGACUUUAGUCAUUUCAUUGAUAUAUACGUGACCCUAGAUCACAUAACCAGUCUUGAGCCUACCCACAAAUUUGAAUACGACCAAUUUCAUGAAUAAAUCAUGAUUCAUAAAAACUUUGUACUAAAAUUUAUUCUAAAUAUAAGGGAAAAGAUAUCAACAGUUGAAAGCACACAUAUGCAAAAAUCACCAGUCUCUUUCCUUCUCUCUCUUUUUCUCUCUCCCUCAACAAAAUGACAAAAUGUAUGUUUCAUCUAUGAAUACUAGUUAUAUACAUCAAAUAAUAUAUAAAUACAUUUUAUUGUGUGUGAACUGACUUUGAGGACUGCGCACUUGAACUACUUGCGAGAGUGCGUCUGUAGACUGCGUCACAUGGGAUUGCCUGGAGUCAUUUUGACUUAAGUGACGACAGGUGGUAUAGGAAAGGUUAGUCGGAAAGCCCUAAUAUGGAGAUGGUCUGGGUGUGUUUUUAUGCAAAUGCCCAAUCUCGUGCACGGCCAACUCGAAUUCACGAACAUUAGGACGAGGUUAAGACAAAAUUCAUGUGCGUACUCAGUGAACUUAGUGAGUAAAUACGAAAGAUCUAUGCAAUUAUUAGUAAAUGAGACACAUUGUUUGGGUCAAAAUUAUAAAUUUUUCUUUUGACAAAGAUCAUUAGGAUAUUAAGUAAAGAUCAUGUUCCAUGAAGACAUUUUGUAAAUUUCCUACCAUAAAUAAAUCUUUAUUUUUGGGAGUAAUACUCGAUUGCAACCUCGGAGUUUUAAAUCUUGGCCAAAAUUGUUGACCAUACAUCUAACAAACCAUACAUCAAUGGAAAGCUUAUUUAUCCAGCUUUCAUAUGAUGUAAAAAAUUUUUUUUUUUAAAUAUACCCAGUAGACUGGUUUGAUGUCCAGGGUCACAUAUUGUUUUUACAAAAACUUUACAGAAAACAAAAGGCCAUCUCCGGAAGGUGCAUCAUUUCUGUCUGGUUAUUUUUCUUUAUACCCCAUGUGUUUAAACGGUUCAUAUUCUGGUGUCACCAAAUGAAAAAACAACAAAGA